AUGAGGGCUGUUUUGCACAGCAUUGAAGUGGAAAACUUCAAAUCUUACCGGGGAAAGCAGACAAUUGGCCCCUUGAAGCCGUUCACCGCUGUCAUAGGGCCCAAUGGAUCAGGAAAAUCAAAUUUCAUGGACGCCAUCUCGUUUGUUAUGGGAGAGAAAACGUCAAGUUUGCGAGUCAAACGCUUGAGUGACCUUAUUCAUGGAGCGUCGGUUGGAUCCCCAGUGUCCAAUAGAGCUUCAGUUACAGCAAUCUUCCAUAUGGAAGAUGGGUCUGAGAGACAUUUUACCAGAACAGUCCAAGGAUCAUCUUCAGAACAUCGGUUUAAUCGUGAACCUGUUUCAAAUAACGUGUACUUACAAGAGCUUGAAAAAUUGGGCAUUAAUGCUAAAGCAAAGAACUUUCUAGUAUUCCAAGGAGCCGUUGAGUCUAUUGCUAUGAAAAAUCCCAAGGAAAGAACAGUAUUAUUUGAAGAAAUCAGUGGCUCUGGAAAUCUCAAGGAUGAAUAUGAAAAGCUGAAGGCAGAGAUGUUGAAGGCUGAGGAAGAAACUCAGUUCACAUACCAAAAAAAGAAAGGUAUAGCUGCAGAGAGGAAAGAAGCCAAGCUGGAGAAGGAGGAGGCCGAAAAAUAUCAGCGUUUAAAAGAUGAUUUGGCUGACAAGCAAGUGGAACUUCAACUCUUCCGUCUGUAUCACAAUCAAAAAGAUAUUGAACGCUUGGAGGAUGAGUAUAAACGAAAAUCGGCAGAAAUUGAAAAAAUUGAGAAGAAAAAGGAAAAGGCUGAAGAAGCAUUGAAAGAAAAGAAGAAGGAAAGUGGGAAAGCUUCAAGAGAAUUUGCCAAAAUUGAGCAAGAUAUCAGAGAGCAUGAAGUGGAAAUAAACCGGAAACGUCCAACUUUCAUCAAGGCUAAAGAACGUGUUGCUCAUGUCAAAAAGAAACUUGAAAGUGCUCACAAGUCAUUAUCACAAGCUCAGAAGGCUCAUGAUGCACAUGAGGAAGAUAUCAGGGUCCUUGAACGUGAGCUGGAAGCAGUUGAGGGUAAACGGUUGGAAUAUGAAGAGCAAGUUGCUGGAGAAAGUCAAAGCAAAGGGCGUGAUGUGCAGCUGGAAGACAAUCAGGUACAAGAGUACAAUAGAUUGAAGGAAGAGGCUGGAAAGCGCUCUGCAAUGUGCCUUCAGCAGCUUGAUUCAGUUAACCGUGAACAAAAAUCAGAUCAAGAUCGGCUCGACAACGAGGGCCGUAAACGUUCUGAAAUUGAAAACAAGAUGAGGCAGAAGGGCCAUGAAAAAGAUGAGGCUCUGAAAAGAAGUCAGAAGCUUUCUGAACAUAUUCGUGUUAGUGAAAAGGCUCUGGAAGAACAAUUGGCUUUGAGGACUGCUUUGACAUCUGAUGUGGGCUCAAGCAAAGAGCAAGUCACCUCAAUUCAGCAAGAACUAGAGCAGAUCACGGAACAACUUGGUGAUGCUCGUGUUGAUAAACAUGAAGAUAGCCGCAGAAAGAAAAAGCAGGAAAUUGUUGAGAACUUUAAGCGUCUUUUCCCAGGAGUAUUUGACCGUAUGAUCAACAUGUGUGAGCCUAUCCACAAAAAAUUCAACAUGGCCAUUACGAAAGUGCUGGGAAAAUACAUGGAAGCUAUUGUUGUGGAUACAGAGAAGACAGCCAGGCAGUGUAUUCAGUAUUUGAAGGAGCAGAUGCUUGAACCAGAAACAUUCUUGCCCCUUGAUUAUAUUCAGGCUAAACCUUUAAAAGAACGUCUGAGAAACAUUAAAGAGCCUAAAAAUGUACGCCUCUUAUUUGAUGUCCUGCAUUACCAACCAUUAGAAAUUAAACGAGCAGUUCUGUUUGCUACAAAUAAUGCCCUUGUGUGUGAUACACCUGAAGAUGCAAUGAAAGUGGCUUAUGAAAUAGAGCCUCACCAUCGUUAUGAUGCUGUAGCUCUUGAUGGUACCUUCUACCAAAAGUCUGGUAUCAUUUCUGGAGGCUCUCUAGAUUUGGCAAGAAAGGCCAAGAGAUGGGAUGAAAAGCAAAUGUCCCAAUUAAAAUCCCGAAAGGAAGAGCUUACAGAGAAGCUCCGUGAAUCAAUGAAAAAGUCACGUCAGGAAUCUGAAUUGAACACCAUUGAUUCUCAGAUCAAGGGAUUGGAAACAAGACUUAAGUUCUCCAAGGGUGAUAGGGAGAAGACGCUGAAACAAAUUGAUGACCUAGAUCGAGAGCUUCAGAAUCUGAAAACCCAAUUGGAGGAAUAUGGACCCAGAAUAGAUGAAAUUGAACAUUCCAUGGAGGUAAGAGAUAGGAAACUGGAUCAGCUGAAGGAAAAACUGAAUUCUGUUGAGGAUGAUGUAUUUGCUGAUUUCUGUGCCUCCAUUGGAGUUGACAAUAUAAGGCAGUAUGAAGAGCGAGAACUUAGAUCUCAACAGGAAAGGACAAAGAAACGUAUGGAGUUUGAAGAUCAAAAGAAUCGUAUUCAAAACCAGCUGGACUUUGAGAAAACACGUGAUACUAAAGAUAACGUUCUUCGUUGGGAGAGGGCUGUUCAGGAUGAUGAAGAUGCUUUAGAGUCAGCAAAACAGGCAGAACAGAAACAACUUCAAGAAAUUGACAAAGAUAUGAGAGAAUUGGACCGUCUAAAGGCAGAACGAUUAACCAAGAAAAGUGAAGUUGAUGCAAUGGAGGAAAUAAUAGGAAAGGCUAGGAAAGAAGUUAGUGCAAUUGGCAAGGAAAUUCAGGCAUCACAGAAACAAGUUUCAAGCCUUGAAGCCAAAGUGGAGCAACGGAAAGCAGAUCGUCACUCUCUUUUAAAACAGUGCAAGAUGGAAGACAUUGUUAUACCUAUGCUGAGAGGAAAUAUGGAAGAUAUUGCUGCAGAAGGUGGUGAUACAUUUGAAGAAUCAAGUAAUGCACCUAGUUCUCUGAAUGCCACCCAGCAAAUGUAUGAUAGGGAAAGCAGGAUUACGUUGGAUUAUCGCCAACUGAAUGAUGACUACAAAGAUUUAGAUGAAGCGGAUGAAAUUAAGAAGCGUGGGGACAAAUUGCAGAGAGCUAUUAACAGUCUCAUGGACACAAUUCAACGUAUUCAGGCUCCUAAUAUGAAGGCCAUGCAAAAGUUAGACCUGGCUCGAGAAAAACUCCAGGAGACUAAUGAAGAAUUUGACACAGCACGUAAGAAGGCUAAGAAGACUAAACAAAGUUUUGAAAAGGUCAAAAAGGAUAGACAUGAUCGGUUUAUGGAUUGCUUUGAACAUGUCUCUAAUGAAAUUGAUGGUAUUUACAAGCAUUUGGCCAAAAACCAAUCUGCUCAAGCUUUCCUUGGACCCGAAAAUCCAGAAGAGCCUUAUUUGGAUGGUAUCAACUACAAUUGUGUCGCUCCUGGCAAGCGUUUCCAGCCCAUGAGCAAUUUGUCUGGAGGUGAAAAAACUGUGGCAGCUCUUGCUCUUUUAUUUGCAAUUCACAGCUAUCAACCAGCUCCAUUUUUUGUCCUUGAUGAGAUUGAUGCUGCCCUUGACAAUACCAAUAUUGGAAAAGUGGCAAGUUACAUCAGAGAAAAGACUGCCUCGCUACAGACCAUUGUCAUAUCCCUGAAAGAAGAGUUUUACAGCCAUGCUGAUGCUCUGAUUGGGAUCUGUCCUGAUACUGGUGAAUGUCUCGUCAGUAAAGUGCUCACACUAGACCUGACCCAAUUCCAAUCGCAUCUGGAUGAGAGUGAACGCUGACAGUACGAGGAGCCCCCAGCUGUUGUUGGUGGGCGGAAUAGAGCUGGUCUUCGAUCCUCCAGGCAGAGGUCAUCCGAAGGGUCAUAGGAUCAUUGCACCACUUGCAGUUGCCUCAUUGUCCAGCUGAAGUUUCUGUUCUGUUAAUUACUUUAUUUUAUUUGUAAGGCUCCAAGAGUUUAUUGCUUGUAAAUAUAUGACAGUGUGUGUUUUUGUAAAUUAUUGUAGAUGGUAAUUUUUUGGCAUGUUUGUUAUUUUUUUUCUGCAAAUCAUGCAACAUAAGAGUACAAUGUAAGUUGUUAAUAUUCUGUUUUUAAUUAUUAUAAUAGGUUCAAUUGGUUUGAGGCCUGAUGUUCUACACAAUUUCUCUUUUGUCAUGCUCAUCAUUGAGUUGAAUAUUUCUUCCUGACAUUAUUGUAGUGUAAUUCAUUUUUCUUAUUGUGUUCUCACUGUACCAAUCAUGUCAGCUGACGUUUCAUUUUUUGUAGACGAAGAAUGUCUUGACCAUUCAAUGUACCUUUUAUCCUAGAUUUAUGAGGCAAUUAUGUCUACUGGUAUUUGUGUAAUUACUUGUAAUAACAAUAUUAAUAAAUCUUAUGAAGCAUUACA